GCAUCUAUUCAUCCAUCUGCACAUUCAACAUGCUACAAGAGCUAACCUUCAUUACCUGUGUUGGUAUUGAAAUUUUGCACCACAUCGCCGGUGAGGGAACUAUUGCCAAUCCCAGCUGUGACCAAGGUAACAUUAAAGUGAUCGCAUCCAAUUAUGGCCGUACAAAUAAAACAGCCUGCCCAGGAGGCUAUAAAGGACAACCCCAGCUUGAUAUUGACAACUGCUUAUAUGAUGUCACCAGUACUUUGGCCAAAACAUGUGACAGAAAAAACAGUUGUUCUAAUGAAGUGAGCAACGGCAUAUUCAAAGACGCGUGCCCUGGAUUUUACAAAUAUCUGAACGUUUCCUAUAUCUGUUUAAAAACACAGGAGCCACUCGACUGUGGAGGAAUCGCAUGUAACGUAUUUACAAUCUGUCAAUAUGAGAAGAAAGCCAUCCGCUGUGAUGGUCAAAAAAUUUCCGUCGUCUAUGCUAACUAUGGAAGGACAGAUCCAUUGACUUGCCCUCAUUCUAACGCUACUCUCACAUCCUCCCUGUGCUUCUCAGACCAGACCAAGACCGUGCAACUUCUGUGUAAAAAAAAAGAAGAAUGCAAACUGUAUGUUUCAAGUUUAACUUACCUCGAUCAGUGCCCUGGUGUCCACAAAUAUUUGGCGGUGUAUUACAUUUGCACAUAGAAGCAAAGUCUGACUGCACGGCCAAUGAAAUCAGCUACACAUCAGAAAACAUAUCUAUUACUGUGACCUUCUAUUGAGUGGGGUGAAAAUCUUCUGCUUCAUUUAUUUACCAUGAGAUAAUUAUUUAGCCUGCUUUCUUCAUGAGAUUUAACAAAAAAUGCAACGUAAUAAUAAUUCAUAUUAAUGUAUAUAUUUAUUUCAGUAAUUAGUUUGGACAAUGUUACAAGAUCAUUAAAUUAUUGAAUGCUAGAAAAACAACAUGCAGUAUAAUUGUAGUAUUUGAACUGCUGGAUAAUUAAUAAGGUGAAAAUAUGAUUUUAUGUUAAUUGAACUAUUGCCAAAUACAUACUUUUAUGCUUUGUAUUUGUAUCCUAAAGUGGGUGUUAGGAGAUUUAUUCUAUAUCUGGGAUUAAGAACUAUGUCUGUUGAAUAAACUACUU